CGUUUUACGAGCCGUGUACACUUUUUUGUAAUUACAAGCAAUCCGUUCAAGCCGGAAUUUACCGGAAGGUAAUACCACUGUAGCCAAGCAGUGCUAUUAUGGAAGAUGAAGAUGGUGAAAGUAAAGUUAUGGAUAUGUGGAACAAUUUGGAAAAGCAACAACUUAAAGAUAUUUCUAUCGGAAAUUCAUUGAAGUCUUCAGUUGACAACACAUACAGUGACAUACUAGAAGAAAAACAACUACUGCGGUAUAAUUCUAUUACAACCAAAGAGUCUCCAAGCAAAAAUAAUAGUACAGGAUCAAAAAUUGUGUUUAAAGGUUUUAAGAAACGUAUUUUGGCACAAGCUCAAGGAACACAAACAAAUACACCAAAAAGUGUAGUACAAGAACAACAAUCACAACAGUCCAAUGCAUCGCCAAAAAGUAGCAAAGAAAAAAGGGCAGAAAUCAAGAGGGGAAAAAUAACGGAAUAUGCACAAUAUUUGGGUCUUCAACCUUCAUCGAAAAAUAAGUGUUCAAAGUGUCAAUCAUCAUCAAAUUUGUGUUCUACAUUGAAACAAAGUUCGUGCACUUGUAAUUCCAUAAUGACACCAAUGCCCAGUACAUCAGAAUCAUCUACAGUGCCACAUUCUCCAAAUUUUAAAAUUACAAGAAAAGUUUAUCUGUGUGCAGCGUGUGGUACUUAUUUUGAAAAUUGGAAUUUAUUUUUACAUAUGAGAGAUAUACAUAAGCGUCACAUAUGCCUAUUUUGUCUUGGAAUGUUUGGUCAAGCAGAAAGGUUAUCACAUCAUUUAAUAAAGAAACACAGUGUUCCAGAAAUGGCGUUUACAUCUGUAGAAGAUUUCUAUGGUGCUUUUAAAGGAUCAUGUUACUUAGUUUGCUGCACAUGUGAGAAAGUUUUUUCAGAAACAGAUAAUUUUUACAACCACUUUUGUUCACCCACAUCUAAGCAAGAUGUUACUGCAUCUAUAUGCACCUUGUGUAGACAAACAGGAUCACAUGCAAGUACAUGCAGUUUAGCUAUUGAAACAAGUAAAGAAACAACUUCUACUUUACCACAUACUGCACAAGCAGGAAUAAUAUCAUCACAUGUGCUCGACAAAACUGUAAAUAGUGAAAACAAAAUUGUUUCAAGGAAACCAGUAAAAAAUAAUAGGUCUAAAAAUAUGGAAGAUGGUGUAUCGAAUCAACAAAAAAUGAGUAUUCAUACAAAAAAAGCCAACAAUAAAGUUGUAUCUCAGCCAAAUGAAAGCCAAGUUUUUGAUGAAAAAUUAAACAGAGAUGAAAAUUGUCAAAAUGAAAUUUCUCACAACAUAGGUAAAGAUACAGUUUCAGAGACAAUAAUGGAAGUCUCAAAGUACAUUGAAGAUUCUUGUGAAGAAAAAGAAGAACCAAGUGAAAACAAGGUUUGUCAAAAUAAUUUGGAAUUAAAAUCAAGUGAUACACCGAGCCAUAAUAUGCCAUAUGAUAGUGUAACAGAAACAAUUAUGAAGGUGUCACAAUGUACAAAUAAUGUAGAAAAUUUUGAUGAUACAAUUAAGGGGUAUGUAAGUGUAGUUGAAACGUCAAGUAUGUCUGAUAAUCCGGAAUUGAAUUCCAAUGAAAUGGUCAAACCUGAUACAGAAACUUUAAAUUUAAUUGAAGAAACUAAUACUAGGACAGAUGACCUUAACUCUGUAAAUCACAAAACAGAAAAGAAUAUAGAUAAAGAGAAAACAGUAGAUACUGUAUUGGAAGAAAAAGACUCUCAUUCUCACAUAUCUGAAAGUCCUGAAAGUGCUCAUAGUCCUAUUAGUCGAUCAUUAUUUAGUCCCCAACAUGAAUCACAUGUAUCCGAUUUACAGUCCAAAGAAACACCUUGUGAAAAUGAAAACAAAGAAAAUCUUGAUGUACCUAAUGAAUCUCAGUCUUCUGUAUCAUAUAAUACCAGUGAAACUUCUGAUAGAAGUUUAGUCAUAAAAAUAUGCACCAAUAGGAAUUCUCAGUUUUCUGUUGCAACUAAUAAUGACAAUGUAGAAAAUAAUGAUGUUAGCAAGAAAUCGGAAGAAAACAACAAUGCGGAAAGUUCGUUAACAGAAGAGAAAGAACCUAAUAUUUUUAAAAAUGAGAAAGAUAGUAACAGUUCUCAAGUGAAUGACGGAGACAGUGAUUCUGAUAGUUUCAAACUAGCAGUGGUAGACAGUAACACUGAAGAAAUUGAGGAAGUUGAGGAAACUGAUGAAACUAAAGCAGAGACAAAAAUUGAUACUGAAUCAAAUGAAAACAUUGAAAACAAUGAAAAUCAGAUUGAAAUUAUGGAUGAAAACGAAAGUAACGUAGAUACAGAUGGAAAACAAGACGAAGAAACAAAAGAUGACAGUCAAAACCAAAUAGAGAGCACUGUACAGCCUCAAAUUCAACCAAACGAUGGAAUCAUGUUGGCUGGGGAGGAUGUUCCUUGUAUUGAUCUUAAUGUGGACGGUAUUUUAGAUAGCAUAGAAAUAGAAGAUCUGUUGAAACGUUGUAUAGCAGCAGCUAGUCCUUUCUGUGUUUAUUGUAAUCAUGCACGUCAUAUAGCAGUUAAUGGCAAACAAUUAGGAUUACAUAUGCUUGCAGAACACAAAUUUCAACCUCAACAUCCUGCCAUAAUUAUCCAAGCAGACCAAUUUAUCGCAAGAGUGAAAAAAUCUCUCGAUGAGCUAGGCUCCCACUUCUUUAAUUUAGAUUCUUACAGUAGCACAAAUGGUACAUAUAAUGUUCCAAAUGCAAGAACAUACGAGUGCUUUCAUUGUAGAUUUCACUCUGCCAUACACAAGGAACUUUAUCUGCAUAAUCGAAAAAUGCAUCAAAAGACAAUCUUAAUCUGUAUAAUGUGUAAGUCCACUUUUUAUAGUUAUAGCGAAUUGCUUUGUCACUUAUGUCCUGGAACGUACUCUCCAAAUAUUAACGUCAAGUACAGGUGUUGUCUUUGUCCUAUGGCAAACCUUCCAUCAGCAUUUAGAUUAAUGGUUCAUUUACGUAAGAGACACCACGCAUGCGAUGUGUGCUUGGAAUCCACUGGAAAUCAGCAACGUCUUUCGAAUCAUGUUUGGAAACAUAAGCUUCAUCAUUUAUGCUAUAGAUGUGGCAUUGCAUACAGGAACAAACCAGACAUCACGAAACAUUUGUUUUGGAAGCAUGGAACAGAAAGUGUACUGUGUAAAAAGUGUUUACAGAAAAAGUGGCCACAUAUUUAUCACUUUUGUAUACCACCCACGGCUUUCGUUUGCGAGGAAUGUGGUUCUAGUUUUUCACGUGCUGUUGCUUUGAAAGUACAUAAAAGGUUACAUUCCGGAGAUCAUCCGUAUGCUUGUAGCGAAUGCUCCGAGCGUUUCAUUUCUCGAAAAUUAUUAACAAAGCACGAAAACGCUCAUAAGGAACCGCCACCUGUUAACACGAACUUGACGGAUAUGACGAGUCAACAACCGGCGAUCGAUGAAGAAAACUCGGAGAAAGAAAAGAUGAUUGUAACAGAUGGCAACACGACUGCUUCCGAGUCACUGAAAGAAACUAAAGAACCUGUGAAAAAGGUUGUUGAUGUUUAUGAUUUGCCACCAUUGAAUUUAUCUUCUGAAAGUGACACAGACUCCGAGGACGAGAAGCCGCAGACUAAGGAAGCGGAAAGCACCGAGAAAGUUGUACCAACCGAAGAAAAUGCAACGUCUCUUGAGGAUCAGUUGAAACCUGUUGCUUCCGAGCCGGCUGCAGACAGCAUAGUGGAGGUUGAACAGAACGAAGAAGAGAAGGAACAAGGGGCACAAAUUAUGGAUGGCAUCUGGGAUAAUUUUAAAUCGUACACAGCUAGUUUAGAAAUGAAAGAUUCAACUAAUACUCUUGCAAUUAAAGAAUCAGAGCCAGAAACCGACGUGGCAUUCUUAAGAAGCAUAGUGUUAGCUGACCAUGAUUAUUGUGUCGUAUGGACGGACAAAGAGAAGGAUAAAAAAUCAGAGUCAAAAGUGAACGAUAAGGAAGAAGCAAAUUCGAGUGGGGACCAAAAUGAUUUAAACAAACCACAGAAAAGUCCGCUUGACGGUAACGCGAUUCAAAACAACACCACCACCACCGAGGAUGAUCCAAACAAGAAAAAAGUGAAAAGUCCGAAGAAAAAGAAACAGGGCGGAAAUUCAUCGUCGAGUGAUUCUUCCAGUGAUAGCGAUUCGAGUAGUUGUUCUUGCGGAACAAACUGCAGCUGCAGCAGUUCUUCGUCCGGUAGUUCUUCCAGUUCUAGCAGUAGUUCUGACUCGGAUAGCUCUACCUCGGAAGGUUCUCCGAAAAAGCAGUCGAACCGUAAAGAACGGAAAAAAGAAAAGGAAAGCAUGCAAGAGCCAGAGAGUGGAUGCGGCGAGCUUGAAAAUAAAGAAAUUUCGCCAGAAAUGGAGAACGGGGCGUCCGCGGUUCCAGCAGAACCAGUUUGUACACCGCAGCUUUUGCUGAGGGAAUCCGACUUGGAAACGGAAGAAACGGAAACGGACGAGGAUUUCUACGAUGAACAUCCGCAGCAGCUUGCGAAUAAGUUGCUCGCGGAUAAACGAAAUCAAUUAAUGCUUCUGGCGGCUGUGGCACCAGCAUCUGCAGAGUCAACGAUGACAUUGAAUAACGGCUUAACGGACACGGACACCGUGGUACCCUCACCAGACCCGAUGCCUGCCAUUGCGGAGGAGGAUCAAUCACAUCAGAAAAGGAAAGUAAAAUCGAAGAAACGAAAGAAAGGGGAAAGGACGAAGCAGCGUAACAUGACGCCAGCCGUCGAGUCCAUUAAACUAAACAUUCCUAAAGCGUUUUACCAAAAGAACCCGGCUUAUUCAAGUUCGUCGCCAGUGUUAGUCCAAUCGAGCAUGGCACUCACAGUGGCGAAUGUGUCUGCGAACGAUGUACACACCAUGAACACACCAAUUGAAUCGCAGGCAAUGGGAAUAACAGGUGGUCAAAAUAUCGGUGGUAGUGGCUCGGAGACAGAGAUCAAGAGGUCGUCGAAGCGAAAGAGAGUACCGAAACGAUUCUACGGAGAUUCUAGCGACGACGAGGUGGAGAAGCAGCCAACGGUAAAAUGGAGGAAAGUAGACACACCUUCGUUCACGACAGUGCCGAGCAUGAAACCGUUACCACCGAGAUUGUCUUUCGGCGGGAAGAACAUAGGCUACAGGCCGAUGGAGAGUCAAUCGGAGAAUCUAGGAAUUGCUACGGCAUCCGCAACCGAGUCGGAAGAACCGGCCGAAAGUAGCAGUGAUUCCAGUGAUUCUGAAGUAGAAGCUAGUGAACAGAUGCAGACGCAUUUGACGGGAAGUAAUGUACCAGCGCCAGAACGACCGGUUAAUUUAUAUUGCUACUGUCAAUGUCCGUACGACGAGGUAUCUGAAAUGAUAGCCUGCGACGCGGAGGAUUGUCGUAUUGAAUGGUUUCACUUCGAAUGUGUCGGCAUCAUGGUACCUCCGAAGGGCAAGUGGUAUUGUCCGGACUGUCGAAAGAAACACGGUAUCGUGCAAAACAGCGACGAUUACUUUGACUGA